GAGUGUCAAAUCAGAUGGAUAAUCCCACAUUUAAAAGUGACACCGUACUCUCCGAUGUUCACGUACACUGUCCAAACAAAAGACAUCUAAUGGUACGAUUGAAUGCAGUUGGACAACCAGUAUUCCUGUCAUAUUUCAAACUCCUUUGUAACACAGAAGAUUUGGCAUCUGAGAAACAUGUGAGAGAAGCUGCAACAGCAGGAGAAGACCAGUACAGAGGUGGAGAUGAACGGUGUGAUAAUCUAAAAAAAGAAAGAGAAUUAACUAGUGAAGGAGUAGAAGCUCUGCUAGAUGAUGAUGGAGACUUGGAAGUGGUCAGAAGACCUCGAAGUGCCUCUGAUUUGGAUGCGGAGGAUCUUUCAAGGGAUAGAGUGUAUCCUGUAAUUCUGAUGAAAGGGAAAGAAGAUGCUCUUGAAGAUGAAGAACAGGAAUGCACUUGCAGUGAUGUUGUUAGAAUAGAACAUACGAUGGCAACUCCCUUAGAAGAUGUUGGUAAACAAGUCUGGCGUGCAGCCUUUCUCCUUGCUGAUUACAUUCUGUUUACACGGGACACGUUCAGGUCUUGUUUGGUGCUAGAGCUUGGAGGUGGCACUGGAAUUACAAGCGUUAUCAUGGGAACAGUUGCCAAGAGAGUUUAUUGCACAGAUGUUGGUGAAGAUCUUCUGGCCAUGUGUGAGCAAAAUGUUGCAUUAAACAAACACCUGAUGGAGCCGGGAGGAGGGGAAGUGAAAGUAAAAGAACUGGACUGGCUGAAAGAUGAAUGGUGCACGGAUCCUGAAGCUCCUUAUAGCUGGUCUGAAGAAGAGAUUGCUGAUUUGCAUGACCACUGUACUGUGAUAAUGGCAGCUGAUGUGUUCUAUGACGAUGACCUGACAGAUGCCUUGUUCAGAACACUGUAUAGAAUCACACGCAACCUGAGAAAUUCUUGCACAGUUUACCUAGCAUUAGAAAAGAGGCUGAACUUCACUUUAAGACAUAUGGAUGUUACAUGUGAAGCCUACAGUCAUUUUAGAAAUACUCUAAAUGAUUUGGAGAACCUCCAGGAUGGAAAAAUGAAAUAUACUGUGGAGCCCAUUAAGCUUGAUUUCUGCCAGUUUCUUGUUUAUGAACGAAUUGAGCAGUUGGAAUUGUGGAAGAUCAUUGCUGAACAGCUUUCAUGA